UAGGGGUGUUAUCACUACCACCUUGGCGACAAUGCGCGUAUGUAAGAAUAUAACUGAUAACCAUAGAUACUAUGCACGUCAGUAGCAGAGCUACACUCGUGCAUGCAACCCAAUCAGGUUGUCCAUAUCGUAAUGCUUCGCGGUAUGAUAGGUAGCCGGCAUGCAUUCUGACGUCUGUAUAUAAUGGCAAGCUCACCAGAACCCCUAUGUAUUCUAAGACUCCAUUCAACCAUCGUUUCUCAUAAAAAUACACCAUGGCAGACCAAACCCCCCUCCCCAUCCCCGACCCCGAAAAAGCCUCCAAGAGCUCCGGUCGCGACGUCCCGGCCUCCACAUCCUCAGAGCUGUGCACCGAGGACAUCGCCGAGGCCGAGGUCCUCAUGAUCGCCGACCCGCGCAACCGACUCGAGAGACUCGCCAACAAGUUCGACCGGCUCUUCGGCCUCGAGGCCCGGGGUAUCCAGCAGGUGCCCGAAUCGGCGCGGGAAGGGAAGCCGACGGCGAGGGACUACGUGUGGAUGUGGUCCAUCUGGUUCUCGGCCAACUGCACCGCGGUGCAGUUCACGGCGGGUAUACUGGGACCUGUUUCGUAUGGGCUGGGGUUGGUCGAUUCUAUGCUGUUGUGCGCUUUUGGCACGAUUCUCGGUUCGGUCUGUAGCGCCUACGUAUCCACAUUCGGCGCGCUUUCGGGGAACAGGACUGUGGUGGUUGCUCGUUUCGCAAUGGGGUACUGGCCCGCCAAGCUUGCUGCCUUGUUUAACAUCGUGAUCAACGUCGGGUAUGGCUUGAUCGACUGUGUUGUUAGCGGACAGAUCCUCUCGGCUGUGAGCGGCGGUUCCUUGUCCCCUAUUGUUGGGAUAAUAGUUACGGCCCUUAUAACGUGGUUUGUGAGCACUUUUGGUAUCAAACUCUUUCAUCCGUACCAGGGAUACGCCUGGGUGCCUCAAGUCGCUAUUCUUUUCAUCCUCGUGGGUUGCGCUAGCCCUAAAUUCGAUACAGCGACACCUAGCCAGGGAACUGGUACUACGGUGGUGGGAGACAGGUUGAGCUACUUCUUUCUUACUGCUUCGGUCCCUCUCGGGUGGGCUUCUCAGUCGGCGGAUUUCUACGUCUACUUCCCCAAGUCAUCCAACAGAUACAUCAUAUUCCUAAUGACGUUCUUGGGUCUUCUGCUCGGGAAGUGUUUCGUCGAAUUUCUCGGCAUUGGUCUUGCUACCGGGCUGGCUCACAAUGCCAGCUGGGCGGCUGCCUUUGAUGUCUCCUUAGGUGCUCUUCUGGUGGAAGCCUUCUCUCCCUUAGGAGCUUUCGGGCAUUUCUGUUGCGUCGUCCUAGCGCUGGGUAUAUGCGCCAACAUCAUUCCUUCGACCUAUUCCACCGGCCUUUCUUUCCAGCUACUUGACCGUAGCGCCGAAAGGAUUCCUCGAUUAUUCUGGUGCACCUUCGCUGUAGUAAUAUACGCCAUCUGCGCCAUCGCGGGAUAUAAACACCUUUUAGCCAUCUUCAAUAACUUUUUGGUCAUCAUUGGGUACUGGCUCGCGAAUUUCGUAGUCCUUGUCUUACAAGAACAUGUUAUUUUCCGGCGCAAGACAGGGUGGAAGUGGGACCAAUGGGAUAAUACAGAAUAUCUCCCGCUAGGUAUUGCGGCCUUUACUGCGUUCUGUAUCGGUUGGGUUGGCGUCGUGCUGGGAAUGGAUCAGACCUACUUUGUAGGCCCCAUCGCGAAGUUAGUAGGUGAACAUGGUGCUGAUCUGGGUAUACCAUUGGGUGCUGCGUUUACGGCUGUCACGUUUCCCUUUUUACGAUACAUGGAGUUGAAAUAUUUUAAGCGUUAACUAGGUUCUAAAUAAGGAACGAUUUUAAUAGUAAUGCUACAUUUACUCGUCUCGAAAAA